CUCUCAUUGCUGGGUGUAAAAAAAAAAACAAAAACACCAAAGCAAUAGGCCUAUUACCGUCCAUUGAUUAUUGUUGCAAUUAUUGAGAAUUGAACUAAAUUGGGAUUUUAUUUGAAUAAAAUGGAAACCUACCCUCCCUUUAAAUCAACAUUAUCUGCUGAACUACUUGAAAAAGCAAAAAAUGAACUUAAUGAAGAUCCAGAAACACGAAAUGUAGAAAUAAAUACUUUAAGGACAAGAAUACAGUCUUGCCCGGGGUUAAAGUCCAGACUGGAUUCAGAAUUUCUCGUACGUUUUUUAAGAGCCAAAAAGUUUGACCAGGAGCGAGCCUUCAAUUUGGUUAAAAGUUAUUAUAAAAUCAGAAAAGAUAACCCUGAAAUGUUUAAAGAUAUGGUGCCAUCAGCUGUUGAUUGUGUUAUAGAAUCAAAAGUGACAGGGGUAUUAGAUCAUACUGAUAAACAAGGGCGUAAAGUUAUGAUUGUUAGACCAGGUAAAUGGGAUCCAAGUCAAUGCCCGUUAAUGGAUAUAUUUAAAUUAAACUAUUUAACAUUAAGUAAGCUUAUUGAGGAUGAAGAGACACAAGUAAAUGGAGUGAUUUUAAUGGUUGAAUUAGGUGAAAUUACUUGGACUCAUGCCAAGGCCAUUUCACCAUUAUUUGCCAAGAGAUUGUCUGCACUCUUACAGGAAGCCUUUCCUGCUCGUUUUAAAUCAAUCCACUAUAUCAAUGAACCAAGUUUUUUUGAUUAUGUUUUUAUGAUAAUAAAACAAUUUCUAAAAGAGAAGAUUGUCAAACGAAUACAUUUCCAUGGCGAUAGAGUGAAGGAAUUACAUGAAUAUAUUGAUGUACAGUAUUUACCAGCAGAGUUUGAGGGACAGGCUCCCGCCUUUGAUACCAAGAAAUGGACAGAUCACUUGAAGACAUUUGAAGAUGAAUUCAGGGAUGAUCUUAAAUAUGGUUUCUAUGACGUUCAGGCUGUUACCACAGAAACGAAAAACCAAGAUGCCAUGGCUAAUAGUGUGACAGGAUCAUUUCGUAAAUUGGAUGUAAAUUAGCUGAUUACCUCAUUCCAAGCUUCCCUUGAUUAUACUGAACUUUUUAAGUUUUCACAAUUUAGGCCUUAGGGACUGUCACAAAAUUUCAAAACUUGCUUCCAAGCGUAUAACCCAGAGAUCUGUUCACAGGUUAUACAUUUGGACUCAAGUUUUGAAAUUUUGAGAAGGUCCCUAAUUUAGAGAUUUGGAACAAGUAGAAUUUUUGGUGAACAUCACAUUUAAACCAUGUUAAGGCAAUACAAAAAACAAUAUUCUGAUAAUCAGUGCGGAUAAUUUAUUAAGGCCGAACAAAAGAGUAUUCUGGUCAUCAGUUAAUAUAUAGAUUUUGUUUUUUUAAAUUAAAAAUAAAUGAUGUAGCUGAAAACCAAAAUAUUUUUUUUAUGGCCUAACAAAAAUUAUAUUUUGAUAUCUGCUGAAAUUACUGUUCACUUUGAAAACUUAAUGGAUUUUAUUAAUCAAGUGGAAUCAACAUUUCAUAAGAUCAAAGUAAUUUUGUGAUAAGGCCAAUCUAAAAAAAAUAAUGUGUUUACGGUAACUUAACCGACCCUAUUUUAAACAGGAACCUAAUUGACACCUUUUUUUUCUUAUAUCUAACAACGAAAAACUAACAAUUUAAGCAUAUCAAAUGUUGGUCAAUUUGGGUUUUACAAAAGACGGGUUUUCAGAAAUUUGUUCUAAAGAUGUGCUGUAUGUGAUUAUGAAAAUCAAACCACAUGGACUGAAGUACCGGUAACCCGAAAUCCUUUUUAUUAAAAUCACGACUCCAAUCAGCUGAGUCUGCCUUUUACUUUCAUCGAGACUUGUAAUAUUAUAUUCAUUGGAUAUUUCAUCAUUCUCGAUAUCUCCAGUGGUAUUGUUCUGUUACACACUACUAAUCCCUGGGUCCAUCAAAGGGGGAGACACAUAGUUGAAUUAUCCACCCUUGAUACUUCUGCUAGUUUUAUUGACCAAUCAAUUGGGUGAAGGGAAGUAACUCGUGAAUUAAAAUUAUCCACCCUUGAUACUUCUGCUAUUUUUAUCGAGCAGUCGAUUAGGUGAAGGGAAGUAACUCCCAUUUUAUUGCAACUAAGCAUGUGGUGAACAUAAACUAUGAUGUUAAAACACGUAUGUAAACUGUUUUUUGAUUGGUUCAUAGAAUCAAGCUACGAUCAAGGGCAGAUAAUUAAAUUCAUGAAAACCCUGUGGAUGGAUCCAGAAGUUAGUGGAGUAAUACGGAACGAUACCACUGGCGAUAGCAAGAAUGAUAUCUCAUUAGAUUGGAGUUAGGUACUUGCUGAAAUUAACUUAAAGGAAAAAAUUUGAAUGACUCUCGGGUCAGUUCCACCCUCAAUAUAGGUCCAAAUCUGAUCUGAAAAAUGUAUCUCAAAAGCAUUAUUACACAAUUGUCACACAAUCUUGUGAUGAUAUAUCAGAUGUAUUGACAUAGUAGCUAGAAUCAUGGCAGACAAACUGACAUAGUGGCUAGAAACUUUCCAAAUAUAUUAACAUAUGAAUGUGCAACGUUUGGGCCACAGAGGUUUUCUUUUCCCUGGUAGCUGAAACCUCAGGUAUGUGCAAUGUUUCGGCCACUGAUGUGACAGACACAGACGUCUGUUUAACUCUUAACAUCUGUGACCUUUACAUUGGUGGCUGAAAACCUUGUGUGUACCAUUAUUUGGGUAGCUAGGAAUAUACCAUUAACCUAAUAAGAAAAACUGCUACUGUUCCUCAGGGUUUAGUUUCAAUAAGAUGUUUUAUUAUGAAAUCCUUUUAGAAAUCCUAAAUUUUAUCGUGUUUAUAAUUUGUGCAAAUCAUGACAUUGUCUAUAGACAUAAAAAUCAUGACAUUGUCUAUAGACAUAAAAAUCAUGACUUUGUCUAUAGACAUAAAUAUCAUGACAUUGCAGACUACAGACAUAAAAAAUUCAUGACAUUGUCUAAAGACAUAAAUAAAAAAAAAUCAUGACAUUGUCUAAAGAUAUAAAUGAAAAAAUCAUGACAUUGUCUGUAGAUAUAAAAUAAUUAUAUUGCCUAUAGACAUUAAAAAAUCACAAUAUUUUCAUUAGACAUAAAAUAUCACGAUAUUUAUCUAAAGACAUAAACAAAUCAUGAUAUUGUAUAUAGUGUAUUAUCAAAGAUAAUCAAGUGUUUAAUUGUUGAAAGUAGUAAUAAGAGAUAUAAGCUAUGUAAUACUAGUAAAUAUCAUCCAGUGGUGGAUUACAGGGUUUGCUGACAGGACACCCCAAAAUUAGUUUCAGGACACCCCAAAAUUAGUUUCCAUAUGUUGACAUGUAUAGUUGUUUCUUAAAUUCUUCUUAAAGAGGCAUUAUAUAAGAGCUAAAUAUUUUUGAACUAUUAUCACAAGAACAGCCUAGCCCCGAGUUCACAAAGCAUUCUCAGACUUAAGUUAAGAGAUUACUCAAAAUUGUUCGCCAUAUUUUAAUUAAAAUAUUGACCUUUAUAAAACUAUUGUUGUUUUAAUGUAUCAAAUACAUCACUAAGAAACCAUGCUUCCGGUUUCCUCCCACUGCUAAAGACCCCUAUGCACAAGCGAAUUAUCGAAAUAAAAAUUGAACCAUAUGUUAGUCCCAAAAUGACCUAGUUUGUGUCGAGUGGCUGUUAAACCCUAUUUCUCUCUCUCUCUCUCUCUCUCUCUCUCUGAGAUUUGUGAACUGGGGACCAGCUCUUUAUAUAAAUUUUACAUAAUGCUUCUUUACUACUAAUACAUUUAUGGCUUAUUAUGAUUUCAUCAUUCUGCACGCACAGAUCCAUCUACUUCAUACUUCGAGAAUAAAUCUCUGUCCUGAAUGGCCGCCAUAUUGUUUUGUAAUGCAGUUUUACAUCGUUUCACAUCUGACAUACACACAAAGACUAAAUAAUUUUAUCAAAUGGAAGCAGAAUAAAUAUUUCUCAAAAUUCUCGAAGUGUACUUGGUGUGGCCUAAGUUUUUGCUUUACAAUAUAUAAUUGUAUUUUAACAAGGAUCUCAGAAAUCCAAUAUAUAUGUUUAUUAUAUAGUGAAUUAUAAAUUAUUUUUAUAUUUUCUUUUAUUUGAAUCUCACAUUAUUAUUAUUAUUUAACCAAGUUAUAUAUUAUAUAUAUUUCUAUGAUUUUACGUUCCAAUAACACGGAAAUCAAUAAAAUGAUCUAAGCUUACUUGAAUAUACAUAUUUUAUUUUAAAGUUUUGAUAUUAACAAUUUAUAAAAUGAAUUGACUGUCACAGGAUUAGAAAAAAAAAAAAAAAAAAAUAGUGUGUUUCUUUUUCUGAAUUGUUGAUUUCAAUUGAUAUCCUCUUUCAUUUAUUUGAAUCUUGUAUUAUUAUUUAAUCAAGUUCUAUUUCUAUUUUCUAUGUACUAAUAACGCUAAAAUCCACAAAAUAAUCCAAGCUUACUUGUACAUAUACUGUUAAUAUACAUAUAUUAGUUUUGUUUUCUAAAUUAAAUGUUAAUUAAUUUCAGUAUAUCGUCGUCGGUGAAGUGUCAAAAGAGUGUAUCUAAGAAUUUCUAAAGAUUAAGAAAUAGGACCUUUUGCAUUUCAAAAUUUCCACAAAUCAAGAUACAAUAUUUGGACACAUGAUACCCAGAACAGUUCUAAUUGGCUGUCAACAAUUACAGUUGACUAGAAUAGAUUACAACGAUAGCUGUCAGCAAUUACAGCUGACUAGACUAGAAUAUAGAGAUAGCUGGCAGCAAUUGCAGUUGACUAGACUAGAUUACAGUGAUAGCUGUCAGCAAUUGUAGCUGACUAGACUAGAAUACAGCGAUAGCUGUCAGUAAUUACAGCUGACUAGACUAAAUAAUAGAGAUAGCGGUCAGUAAUUGCAGCUGACUAGACUAGAGUACAGAGAUACCUAUCAGCAAUUACAGCUGAGUAGACUAGAUUACAGCAUAGCUGCCAGCAAUUACAGCUGACCAGACUAGAAUACCGAGAUAGGUGUCAGCAAUUACAGCUGACUAGACUAGAAUACAUGUAUAGCUGUCAGUAAUUACAGCUGUGCAGAUUAAGCCAUGAAAACUUAGAUAUUGUUCGGUGACUUUAAUAUAAAUAAAAUAUACCACCAUUAGUUCUAUAAACAGUAUUUAAACUCUGUAAAUAAAUUCUACUCUUUCAAACAUAACAAGAUUUUGCUUACAGUUGUGUACAUUUAGAACAUUGUUACAAAGAUGAAUUGAACAAUACCCAAAAUUUUCGUCAUCUGCGUCAGAAGAUAUAGACAGGUAAUCCAUCACCACUUCGGAUAAAUCUGUUGAUUCACCUAAAUCCAAUUGAAUCCAAACCGUGAGAUUAUCUACUAUUUCUUUAUUAAAUGAUAAAUAAUUCAAUUUAGGUUCAUUUCAUCAAUUUAGAUAGAGAUUAACUACCGUUGAUAUUUUGGGUUUGUUUUCUUGAUUAAAAGAUAAAUAGUUAUUUUUAAUAUAUUUUGUUUUCUUAACUAAAUGUUAAUUACAAGUUGCAUACAUUUCACCCUGGAUGAAGAUGUGAAAAUUAGACAUGUCUGAAAAAUGCACAAUUGUUUUGUUAUGUUAUAAUUCCGUCACUCGCCUCUUAAGGUUUAGCUUCUAGUCCAUGUUGUUGUGUAAAAUUAGAGCAUUGUUGAUUUUUUGUUUUGUUAAUUAUUUUUGGGGGGUUGGAUGGCUGAAUGGUUAGCGUGCGCGCGCUGUAUCAUAAAGUCUGUCAUUGAGUCGACUGGCGUGGUUUCGAAUCCCCGGUUGUACGUGGCAAGGAGUAGGGUCGCCUGUCCAACCUCGUGGGUUUUCUCCGGGGCCUCCGGUUUCCUCCCACUGCUAAAGACCCCUACGCGCAAGCGAAUUAUGUAAAUAAAGUUAAACCAUAUGUUAGUCCCGAAAUGACCUAGUUUGUGUCGAGUGGACGUUAAACCCCAUUUCUCUCUCUCUCUUUAAUUAUUUUUAUGUCUAAUAUUGCCACAAAUAUUAAAUACUCGAUGUAUCAUUUAGCAAUAUAGGAAUCUCUUGCAAACUAGGGGUUUGGGUGGCCGAAUGCAUGCUCCUUAGAUCAUAAGGUCUGUUAUUGAGUGGUUUUGAUUCCCUACUCGUACUUGACAAGGAGUAAGGGCACCUGUCCAACCUGGUGGGUUUUCUUCGGUUUCCUCCCACUGCUAUAGAGACCCCAAGCAUAUUAUUGAAAUAAAAUUGAACCAUGUUAAUGAAGAAAUGACCUAGUUUGCAUCGAGUGGACGUUAAACCCUUUUACAAUAUUCUGAAAGUUUAAUAUUUAAUAGGAAUAUUGGUUCAAUAAUGGUUCUAUUCCGUUCAGUAUUUACAAAGUUAUGAUAAAUUGAAAUUUAUUUGAUCUAUGCUGCUCCGCUUGUAUGUGACAAGGAGUAGGGACACCUGCCCAGCCUCAUGGGUUUUCUCCAGGUCCUCAGGUCCUCUGGUUUCCUUCCACAGCUAAAGACCCCUGCACGAAAGAGAAUUAUUGAAAUAAAAUUGAACCAUAUGUUAGUCCCAUAAUGACUUAGUCAGUUAAACCCCAUUUCUCGCUUUUAUCUAAAUCUUACAUAAUAUGAAUCUUUAAUUAAAUGUUAAAUAAUCAAUCCGAGUACAUAUUUAGCAUGUAUUAAGCUGUGAGAUAUUUGAUAUUUUUGCGAACAUGUAAAAUGUAAAUGAGACAUCGAGCCUUUAAUUUUAUUCAUUUAAUACUUAUACAAAUCAUAUAUAUAUACAUUUAUCAUUUCUGUCUCUUCUUUUAACUUUAGAUUGUUUUUCAAGUUAUGAUUUAUUUUUAUAUAUGUUUAAUUAUAAACAAGCCUUGAAUGACAUUUAGAGGUAGAGGUAUAACUCUCUCUCUCUCUCCCUCUCUCUGUUUCUUAGUGUGUUCAGGUUUAAUUCUGUGUUAAGGUUGCCCUAACAAUAAUUUAUAUAAGCAUUAAUAUUAAUAAUAUAAAAUUUAUGUUAUGUUGAUAUUAACUUCCUUUAUUAUGAAGUAAACAUGAUAAAUCUUCCGUGUGUUCAGGCCUUAAUUCUGAGUUAAGGUUGACCCAGUAAUAACUUAAGUUAGCACUAACAUUAAUAAUAUAAACUUUAUGUUAUACUGAUAUUUAUGUUCCUUAAACAUAUCAACUUUAUUUCAUAUAUCAUAUAUAUAUAUACCAGUAAUAUAUAAAAUAUUCAUUAACCAA